GCAGGGAAAUAUACAGUUAGGCAUCGAAAGAGAGUCGAUGUUCGGCGACUUGGACGGAUUAAUGCCAUCAGUCGAUCGCAACAGGUGCUCGCAGGCGGGAGCUGCUGGAAUCAAGCGGAAUAUCAAUUUUAAAUUUCAUUUUUUAUUCGAAGAAGAAAAACACACAGAGCACUUCUUUACUCUGUUGUACAUAUUGUUUUUUUUUUAUAUUUUACCGUGCCGUCUCCAAGUCCAAGUCCAAGUCUUUUGUUUUUUGGUGUUUCUGUGUUUUGUGGCCAAGGCUUUCAAGUUUUUGCCAUUUUCCAAUUUCAAAACAUUAAAUAACUCUGUAAAUAUAUAUAACAAAAUCCGGCAAAGCAAUCACGUAAAAUGAGAUUCGCGUUGAGUAAGAAGCUUCUCUUAUGGCUGUUACUGGCUGCCAUUAUGGUGACGGCCCUGACAUUGGGCUUGGUCUUUGGCUUAAAGAAUCGGGAUUCGAGGUACAUCAGUGGAGCCGUGGUAUCCAAUGGUAUUGGCUGUGCGGCCGUGGGUGGUGAUGUUCUGACUGAUGGCGGUUCCGCUGUAGAUGCAUCUAUUGCUACCCUCCUGUGCGAGGGUCUACUGUUGCCCCAUUCCAUGGGCAUUGGCGGUGGCUUUGUGGCCACCAUUUAUACGAGAAGUACCCGGAAAGUGGAGACUUUGAUUGCCAGGGAAUCGGCUCCGGCGGCUGCCCACAAGGACAUGUUCGUGGGCCAGUCAGAGAUAACGGGCGCCAAGGCGGGAGGUGUGCCUGGCGAGAUCUUGGGCUACUGGGAGAUGCAUCGUCGCUAUGGCGUUCUGCCCUGGAAACGUCUCUUUCAGCCGGCCAUUAAGUUGGCCCGCGAGGGUCAUGUAGUUUCCCGCUACCUUGCCUCUGCUAUCCAAUCGAAACUGGAAAAUAUCGAGGCGGAUCCUGGGCUAUCCGCUGUGUUCCUCAACGAAAACCAGGAACCCUUCAUCGAAGGUGAAUAUAUAAAGCGUCCAGCUCUGGCCGAUACUCUGGAGAGGAUUGCCGAGAAUGGAGCCAAGGAGAUAUACGAUGGCGGUGAGACUGGUAAAAUGUUCGUCGAAGAUAUCCAGAAGAUGGGUGGCAUUAUCACAGAGCAGGAUCUGCGUGACUUUAAGGUUCGUUGGGAUAGCGAUGGACACGUUGCCGCAAAUGUAAGUGGCAGAUAUACGUUAUACUCCACACCCAUGCCCAGCAGUGGACCGGUUUUGGCCUUUAUCCUCAAUGUAAUGGCUGAACUGAAUACGGACGAUGAACAGGUCUAUUGGCAACGAGCUGUGGAGACUUUUAAACAUGCCUAUGGUCAGAGGACAAAUCUGGGUGAUCUAUAUGCCGAUCCCGAUAACGGUCCAUCCAUCAAUGCCACGCUGGAGCAGAUGCUUAAGCCGGAAUUCUUGGAUAGCAUAAGGAAAUUGAUCCACGAUGAUAGCACCUCACAGGAUUAUCUUUACUAUGGCGCUAAUUUUACGGUAGAGGAAGAUCAUGGUACUGCCCAUAUGAAUGUAUUGGCCACUAAUGGUGAUGCCGUUUCCAUUACCAGUACUAUUAAUAACUAUUUUGGCUCCAAGGUGGCCUCCACGCGUACUGGCAUCAUCCUAAACGACGAGAUGGAUGACUUCUCCACUCCGGGCGUGAUCAAUGGCUUUGGUGUGCCAGCCUCUCCGGCUAAUUAUAUUUAUCCCGGCAAACGUCCCAUGUCAUCUAUGAGUCCAGCCAUCAUUGUGGAUAACGAUGGAAAUGUUCGUCUGCUAGUUGGAGCAGCAGGUGGCACUCGCAUUACCACCAGUGUGGCAGCUGUGAUUAUAAAGUACCUGCUACGUGGAGAAAGCCUUUCGGCAGCGGUGAACAAUGGACGUUUGCACCACCAGUUGGCUCCUAUGCGUGUGAGCUAUGAACAUGAGGUGGAUAGUACUAUUACCUCCUUUCUGCAAGAGGUUGGCCAUGUCCUAUACGAAGAGCCAGCUGGUUCCAGUUUUGCUGCAGUCACGGCCAUUGGUGCAUUGGAAGAGCCAGAGCCAUUCUUCGAUCGCCGUCGCAUUGGCAGUUCAUUAACAUUGGCCAGAACCAACAAGAUGCAGCAUUAGAAUUGGGGAUAUCCCUAUUUGAAAUCCGUGAUUUUAUUUAUUUAACUUAGUACGUAAGUUGCACAAGUGGAAAAAAAAAAAAGAAAAUACCCUGUAAAUAUUUGUUAAACAGUAUUUCGAAUAGAGAGUGUCUUCGAAAAUUCUUUUUAUGUAAAUAAUAGGCUGUGAAUUGCCAAAAUAUAGCCAAAUAAAUGAAUUUACGUUUUUGAUACUGUAA